AGCAUUACAAAAUGAUGCGUAGUACUACUAAGUUUUCCUCAGCUCUGAUGAAAUGUUUUUCUUCAUCAUGUCAGAAGAAUAAACAAUUCGAAAUAAAUAACAAUAGUGAAUUUGUUAGUAAAGUAAUGAACAGUUCAGUACCUGUUAUUGUAAAUUUUCAUGCAGAGUGGUGUGAUCCUUGUAAAAUACUCACACCUAAAUUAAUAGAACUUAUAGGACCAAUGGAUAAAUUAGAUCUUGCCAUUGUAAAUUUAGAAUCAAAUCCAGAAUUAGUACAUAUGUUUGAAGUAAAAGCUGUACCAGCAGUUAUAGCAAUUUCAAGUGGAUUGGUAGUUGAUAAAUUUGUAGGUUUAACUGAUCUAGAUAUUAUAGAAAAUUUAAUAAAGAGACUUACUAAUACAACUUUAAACUCUGAAAAUGAUAAGAGAGAAUCAUAAUAUGGAU